AAAAAGCGUAUGAAUAUCUCUAAAUCAAUUGAUUACUGUUAUUGUUAAUAAUAAAAGUAGAAAAGAAAAGAAUGGUACCUAGUCUUUGAUACCAUGUUCGGGCAGAGAAAAGCAAACUAUGUCUGGGGAGACCACAAAUUUAUUGUCCCCUGGCCCCAAGUGAUCAAUGGUCUCUCUAUAUUUUUCCUUCUUCUAUAUCACUGUCUAGUUUCUCCCCACUCCCCACACAACACGCUCACAACUUCUUCAGAAUGAGCAUUCACUACUUCUUCUGCUUCUUCUUGUCGCUCUCAUCUUUCCAUGUUUCUCUAGCAAUUAAGGGAAGAAUAUUGCCUCAGCCUCAAACAACACAUGAACUCAUAAACCCAUUCAGCCCCAAAGCCUCACUCAUUCGUUAUUGGAACACUCGCGUUUCGAAUAACAAUCAAAUCCCUCAUUUUCUUCUCUCAAAAGCUUCACCUCUCACUCCACAAAACUACGCCGUUCUCAACAAACUCCUAACCAACCAAAAACCUAGACCUAAUGAAAACCUUCACCACUCUCUCUGCUCCUCACCGAACUUACUCUGUUCCUUCGACGACACACCAAACGCUCAAACACGUAAAAAUGACGACGCUAACUUUGCCCUUUACAACAACAAACGCUUCGCCAACUACGGAUCGUCCCGAGUCGGCGGAGUCGACUCGUUCAAGAACUACUCCAACGGCCUAAACGCCAACAACGACGCGUUCCGGCGGUACAGCGCCGCCUCGACGCGCCGCGGCGAACAGUUCAAUAACUACGCCGACAACGGCAACGUCGCCAACACGAACUUCUCAAGCUACGGCUCCGCCGCGAAUCAAACCUCCGGCGAGUUCAGCAACUACGACAAAACGGUGAACGUUCCGAAUCUCGGAUUCACCACCUACGACUCCGGCGCAAGCAAUCACAAACUCUCGUUCUCGAGCUACGGAAAUGAGACUAACUCUGGAUCGCAAAGUUUCACAAGCUACGGUAAACGCGUUCGCGGCGGAACGAGCGAGUUCGCGAGCUACGCCGACGACGCGAACAUUCUUCAGUCGGAGUUCAACAGCUACGGCGACCUGAGCACCGGAGCGAGCAACGACUCCUUCAAGUUCUACAGCUUCAACGGCAACAAUCCGCGGCACGUUUUCAAAAGCUACGCCGCCGGAUCGGCUUCCGGAGUUGACAAUUUCAUCAGUUACCGGAACCGCGCCAACGUCGGCGACGACUCGUUCCAGAGCUACGCCGCGAGGUCGAAGUCCGGCGCCGCCACGUUCGCGAACUACGGCAUGUCGUUUAACGUCGGAAACGACAGUUUCACUGAGUACGGAAAGGGAGCAACGGGGAAAACCUCUUUCGGUUUUAAAUCAUACGGGUUAGGCCGUGGGUUUAAAGUUUACAACAAAGACGGCGCGUCGUUUUCUGAGUAUCGAAAUUUCAGCGCAGCCAGUGGCAAAGUUGUAAAUAAGAGGGUGGAGCCGGGUAAGUUUUUUAGAGAAUCUACGGUAAGAGAAGGAAACGUGAUUCCAAUGCCUGAUAUUAAAGAUAAAAUGCCUGCAAGGUCGUUUUUACCCCUCGCGAUCGCGUCGAAAUUACCGUUCUCGUCGUCGAGAAUCGACGAAAUGAGGGAAAUAUUCCACGCGCGGGAGGGGUCUUCCACAGAGCGCGUGAUGGUGAACGCGUUAAAAGAGUGCGAGAGGGCACCAAGCAAAGACGAGACGAAACGGUGCGUAUCGUCCGCGGAAGAAAUGAUAGGGUUCGCGGUUUCGGUUUUGGGUCCCAAUGUGGCGGUUCGGAGCACCGAGAACGUGAACGGGUCAGGGUCGAGUGUGAUGAUUGGGAAGGUCUACGCAAUCGACGGUGGAAAAGUGACCAAGUCAGUGUCGUGUCAUCAGAGUUUGUACCCUUACUUACUGUACUAUUGCCACAGUGUACCCAAAGUGAGAGUAUACGAAGCUGAAAUUCUUGACGUGGACACCAAGGAGAUGAUCAAUCAUGGGGUUGCCAUCUGUCACCUUGACACGUCAGCUUGGGGCCCGCAACAUGGGGCCUUCUUGGCUUUGGGGUUUGGCCCUGGGAAAAUUGAAGUGUGCCAUUGGAUUUUCGAGAACGACAUGACUUGGACCACUGCCAAUUGAGGAGAGAAUGAGAAUUUCUACUUUGGUUUUUCUUCAGUUAGUUACUACUUACUACUAUAUCAUAAUCAAAAUUCAAAAUAGCUGGAUAAUUUUAAUAUUGUCAUAUUUUGGAAUUCUAUUUAUAAUUCAGCUUGUGUCGUUUUGUAGAGGUUUGGAAGAAUUUGGAUUAUUCGGUUGUCAUGACCCAUGACUUACUUUUUACUAUUUAUUGUGUCUGUCUUUGAGAAAUUUAAA